CAGCUCGUGUAGCUCCGGCUUGUAAAUCACUCGAAGCAUUUGCCGUCGAACCGACGCCCGCCGCGACGCGAAAAAUAGAUAUAGUUUGAUGUUGCUCCGGAAUUACUCGAAAUAAUAGAAAACGGCACUGACUGGACGACGCUGCACUAGUCACCACGCCCCGCGCCCUCUGUGUAGCCUGAAAAGAAAUUGGAAGACAAGAUGCCGAUGUACGAGAGGCCACCCUUCUGGCGAGUGCCCCACCAGCGCGCGGAUCCUGGAAGUGAGCCCAGGGACUUUGGACAGAGGCGACCUGUGACACCCGGCACUCCCGCGGGCAGGGAACUGGUACGCGGUGACAUUAUUGCAAAAAUCGACGAUUACGACGCACGCGACCUGCGACAUGAGGACGCACAGAAUCUCUUCAGGAAUGCACCCAAACAGAUCAAGUUGGUUGUACAGAGGGGCGGUGCGAGUGCCCAUCUAUACUCGUUGCCUCGAUCUCCGGGCAGCUUUGUAGGCCGCGUGCCCACGCCUACCUUCUAUCACGAGUUCGCUGAGGACGUGGAUCGCGAAGCACCGCGAGGAUCGACCCCAAUGGCGCCGCGCUCGCCCAUCCCCAAUGCCGCUGCUGCACCAUACAGGACACACAGCCCGAUGCCGCAACAGUUCCGGGGCCCGGAAUCGCUCCCGCGCACCCCGGUACCGCCCCCCGGCCACGGCCCCGCGGGACCCGCCGGCUUGCCGCAGUACACCUACCCACUGCAGCUGGAAGGAGAGUACAGGACCCUCAUGCUCUCACCUUCCUCCACACGUACCGAUGAAACAAUUGACGAGUCUAUCCAGAGUCAGCCAUACCGCACGACGCCCCUGGUUCUGCCGGGUGCGAAGGUCCGACGCGAGCCCGGACCCACCGAAAGCUACCUGCGCCAUCACCCCAACCCGGCGAUGCGCGCGCCCCCUAGCCACGACUACCGCGACACCCUUAUGAGGCAGAAGGUUGCCGAGUCGGUGUUGCAGCGAGUGGUCGGCGAAGAGGCGAACAAGGUGGUGCACAAGCAGUUCAACUCUCCGAUCAAUCUAUACUCUGAACAAAACAUCGCUAACUCGAUCAGGCAACAAACUUCGCCGUUGCCCGCUAACGGCCAUUACGGGCGGCCGCACGUUGUCAAGAGUCACAAGCCCACCGUGCUGUACGACCCCGCCAAGUCCGACACGUUCCGCGCGCUGCAGGAGGACGGGCUCGGCGGCGAGCUGCGCGAGGUGCCCGUGCCCGUGCAGACCAAGGUCUUCACGGCGCCGCCGCAGAAGAAAGCGCCACCUCCGAGGCCAGCAAAGCCGGAAGAGAAGCCGAAAGGAAAACAAGCGACCUUCGUGAAUUCCUUACAUGAAGAGCACAUCCAACAGUCGAACUCGUUCAAGCGCUUGAUGUACAACGUGCUGGGCGACACCGAAUUCUAAGGCGCAGCGCUACUCGUACUCACUACACUAUCGAGACAGUAUUACCUGCCGUCGUAGUGCAAGUUCCUGGCUAGUAUGGCAAACAAUACCGACGACACCCCGACACCCACUCACGCACGCUCUCGCGCUGCAUGUCGACUACGAACCUCGAAAACUGCACGAUUUGCCAUGUUAACACGAUGGACUGAUCUUUAGAGGGUUUUACGGCGGUUAGUUGCAGGCGCCAAAUAAUCUUAGACGUAAUGACUUGUUGGGGUAGCAACGAAUAAGACUAACAAUAUAUUUUUUAGGAAGCUAUUAUAAUAAUGCUCCUGGCAGUGUGUAAUAUUAUUUUUCGGUGGAUUUAAUUAUUCUAAUACUCGAGUAUUAGUGAUAUAAUUUAUAUUUACAUUAAGUAGAAAUGUAAUGUUUAUAACUAAGUGUUGAUUUUCUGUUUGUACAGAAAUAAUAUAUUGUUUAUGAAUACAUAUGAAAAAUGUUGAGUGUACAGUCUAGUCACUUCGACCCGAGCUCCGGUCGUACCCACGAGAAUGAAAUUCGAUCAACCUUAAAUAAAUUAUUUAUUUUUAUUUA